AUGCAGAUACAGCAUUGGCGAUGUUUAACACAUCUAGCCAGACAGUCAAGGAUAGGGUUGAAUGGGGGAAUCGCAUAUACGAUCAGCAAAGAUGGCUAUCUUUCAAGGCAACAAAGAAGAGUUUAUUCUGACCAGGCAGCAUCAUCUUCCAGCAAACAAACAUUAGAUGACACCUCACAGCCCAUCUGGAAAGAAAUUAGAAAUCCAUUCGCAGCAAACAAGGAGCCAUCAGACUCUACUAUCAACUCAAACGAUCAACAGAUACCCUUGGGUACUUUAAUAUCCGUACUCAAUGAUACCGAAACGCCUAAUUUGGAUCGAGUUGGGGCCUAUGAAGAUUUGAUGUCAAGGCAGCAAGAUCGAAUAGAGAGCAUAAGUGAUGAGGGCAUUCGAUUAUUGAGUGAGGAAGCUAUUCAACAAGGCUAUACACAUACCUUAAGUACAAUUUUGCGAGAUCUUUGCAGAAAUCGCUUCGGUUUACAGAGAGACCCCUUACGCAAAAGCGAAAUUCUGACUUUCAUUCUAUCAAAAUUCAAGACCUCUUUCGAAGAGUCAACCGCUGAAGCGGGAAGGAAGAGCACCUUCGAAGUGCAAGUGGAUCAUUUCAGAAGGGCUUGCACCAAAAAUAUGGAAAGUGCAUGCAGGAUGCUAAAUGAAGAUGCAGUACUGCUCAAACAGAAGGGACAAGAUUCAAACCUUUUUCAGGAUAUCGAACCAGAAACAGCAAUUUACCUUUCAACUUCGAUCGCUUUGAUGGAUGUCGACUUUGAAAUGCUUCCUCUUUUGUCCGCCCUGCUUGAUAUUGUGCUAGCUCAUCCUACAUCAUCCUUCAAGGAGGUAAGUGAUAUGGGCAUUUUUGCUGAUACCUUGGCUCGCUAUCUACUUCAUCCAAAUGCGCAACGAACCUUCGAUGAAAGUACAGAAAGAGGUGCCCUUUUCUAUGCGACAAAGAUUGUAGACUUGGUCGAUCAGCAUGUGUCUAUGCAUGGGAUGUCCACCUCGCUGAAGUCUGCAUUUUUCUCAGUAACAAGACUAGACCGAUUGAUGGACAGAUGCAAUCUCUCGUCACAGGAUAGAAACUCGAUUCAAUUUGUUCUGUUUGCUCGUUCGACAGUGGCAUCUAUUUUGUUGCAAUCUGGAGCGUAUUCAGCGUGCAUGAACAUUCUCUAUGAAAUGUCCAACGAUCUCAACAGUAUUUUCAUGUCCACUCCUGCAAGCGAAGUCACGAUACUGGAUCUCGAAUUGAUUUUGUUACAAGGUUUCCGCUAUCUUCUUCGCUCGGCAACGAGUCAAAUCCAAAAGGCCACUUAUGAUAGCAAGAUAGUAUCUCGCCUUUUACCAAUCUUGAUUCGACAUGCUCUUCUUGACAAUCAAUCGGACGACUUGUUAUGGGUACGGGACUUUGGGAGUAGGCUCGUAGAUUCUGGCGAAGUUCAAGAAUUUGCGCAAGUGGUACAACAGACUGUGAACGAAUUGAAUAGCGUCAAAGAAGGCAAUACAGCUGGCUUCGAUGUUUUAGCAAUGUUUGGCGGUCAAUUGAUCAUUUCAGCAAUCGAGCAAAUCUCACAUAGACGUAAUCGUGUAUCAUUUCAUUCUUUCUUGCAAUCUUUGCAGAUCGUACAGGACAGGCAAAAGACCAUUGGAGAUGCACGAAUCGAUCUGGUCUUUUUGGAUUCGUUACGCACGCGAUUGAUCAUAGCAUGUAUGAAUGGUGGACUUCGAGAUACCUCAGUAGAACUAUAUUUGCGAUGGAGAGAGGUACGUGUUGAAGAACCUAUCACAUUUGCUUUGGUCAAGUCUAAGCUGUCCUCGUUCGAAAAUAUGAAUGAAGCGAACAAAGACGAAACAGAAGCAGAACAAAGAAACGAUGGUGCGCCUUAUACGGUUUCAUCAAGCUCUCACUGUGCGGCUUUCAUCGUGAAUAGUAUUACACGACGGGGAAUGAAGAGAUGGCACAAAAAGGCGAACGAAAGGCUUAGUUCCUCAUCCGAAGAAGAAUUGAUACCACGUAAAAUGAAUUUGGUUUACGAUGUCUUAAUCUCUUUUAUGAUGUCCAAGAGGCGAGAGAAAUGGAACGAGAAAGAUAUCAUCAAUGUUUCUCAAAUGCUCUUCCGACUUGGUCAUUCUAAUGAAGCGCAAAAGUGUCUUUCGUCUAUCGCACAAGAGAAUGCCAAAUAUCCGGAAGAUGUCAUCACCACACUGGCUCACGGAAUAGCAGAAUCAAACGUGGAAGAAGGCAUCGAAUUUCUCGAACAAAGAGCAGAAGCUGAAGAUUCUGCCAAACUUAUCACGGACAAGGUGAUUGGACCCGUGUUCAACUUAGCUAUGUUUGAAGGCAAGAUUGAACUCGUUCAACGCUUAUUGCGAUUAAGCGAACAAGCGGGUGUAACGGAAAGCUUGGCAAUGAGAAGCAAAAAUGUUUUGGCAAUGUCUGCGUAUGAUAAAGAAGGGACUGGGUUCAAAAAUCAAUUUGAUAUUUCACGUGAGGAUGAAGUGAAAUCAUCGAACGAAAGCAAUGUCAGUAUCGACAACAUUUUUGAUGACGUUAGGGUCACACAGCAGUGGCUAUACUCAAUGCUUCAACGUGGCCUUUUAUCGACUGAUCCUGAUACAAUAAACAAAAUGAUUAUCGGAUGUGUUACCAGAGCGGAGAGAAUUCGUAAAACGCAAGUCAACGCAGGAGAGGCGAAAAGAGGUGAUGCAAUAGCAGAUCGAAUGAGACGUUUGGCAAGCACAUUGUUACAAUACAGUGCAAAAGAAUUACAAUCUGUCGAUUUGGAGUCGACGAUGUUGGUCCUCUCUUCUUUUCACUUUAGCGCUGGUCAUAGAGCAAAAGGUGGAAUUCGUGCUUAUCAACAACAAAAGAUGAACGAGCUAGAUUCGAUCGUUUCGGCAAUUCGAUGGGCAGUGGAAUUCCGAAUCAGUCCAAAGUUUGACGCUUUUGUCAAUGGUGAUGAAAAGAAGGAAAUUCUGGUAAAGAAGACGAAAUCAAAUUUAUUAGAAUCUGAUGCUCUAAUCAACAUUCUUCCGCCAAUGGCUUUUCGCGCUUUACUCUCGGCUUAUUCACGUUUGAACGAUAAUUUGGGCGUGGCGAGCGUGAUUCAAUGGGUUCGUGACGAAUGCGGAAUGAGUUUAGAGGAAUUAUCAGAAGGAUGGAAAGGAACGAAUUACACCAAAUAUGUCAAGAGGAAAGUCUAUCUUUCAUCUGAAAGAGGGGCGUUGGAUAACCCAAAUCGAACGCUAAAAUGGAUUAGCGGUCAGGAAAGCGUACCUUUGAUCAAAUCAUGGUGGUAUGAACCGAAACAGAAGGAAAAUGAAAUAGCAUGA